AUGUCCGGCUGGGAGAGACAGCACGAGCCGGAAAGUACCUACAGAUAUGCACGUCUCCGUCAUAUCCCACCCAAAGCGCACCAUCUAGGGCCCGUCAGCCGCCACCCACUGUCAAAACCGAACGUCCCUCGCAAGAAAAACACAACUGGGACGACACAUAUGCGAGAUACAGAAAGGCGCUUGGAUGGCAUCCACGUCCAUCAGCCAGGGCCUAUAUGCUCACUAAUAUGGCCACCCGGCAAGGGCAAACAGGAAGGAGUAACCAAACAAGCAACGCGGCUGCCACCAGACGCGGCUCAGAUCGGUCGCUCCUGCCAUAAAAUGAUUGCCUGGAUACAUGCUACCGAGAGAGGUGCAACCAUCCAGACAGCAAGAAGCAGCAACUAUAGCUAG